UGUUUAGCUGGGUGGCCAAGGUGCCUGAGAUCAUCAAUUCCAUCCAGCAGGCCCGCCAGGAGGAGCUGCACUGUCAGAUGGAGUUCAAUGACACCUUCGCAAGAAGUUCGAGGUGCUGUUUUGCGGCCACGUGGUGAUGGCACUCAGGAAGGCUCCGCCAGCCCUGAUCAACUAGUGCUUGGAGGGCUUCAGUCACGUGAGUGGUGGCUUCUCUCGGAUCAGUACCAGUCUGCGUUGCAGCCACUGGGGGAUGCUGAGCUGGUCCUCAGCCGGUGUGCAAGUCCUUCUCAAAGCCUUGGCUGCCACUCCUUGGCCUUCGGAAAGGAGUUUCAGGAUGCAGGCUUGCAGAGUAGUAGUUUCUUCAACUCUUUUGAGGAAAGUGACAUCCAGAACCACCUGAUUAGUGGACUCAAUAUUGUGGAGUGGACAGAUAUUGAGGAAGCUUGAACUAUGCUCUUCACAGUUGGUCAAUCAGAAGUUUACCUCA